UAAGGGUAGAAAUUACGACGAAAAGAGCUGGCAUUUUCUUUAGAAAUUAUUGUGUAGGAGGAUUCGAAAAUCAAGAGGUAAAAGCAAGAUAGCAAACUUCAUUCACUUCCCUCUACCUUCGCUCAACACUCUUUUCUCAACCUUUCUCUACUCUUAUUUCUUGCAAGAUGGCAACCAAGCUUUUUCUUGAUGCCUUGUCCGCUAUAAAAUAAGUUUUUGUCUCCAAGCUCGUUGACUUUUCCCUUGAGAAGCUGGCCUCAUCCGACCUCCUGCAAUUCGCUACUCAAAAAAAGGUUCUUGAGGAGAUCCAGAACUUGAGGAAGGAACUGAAGCAGAUCCGUAGGGUGCUUGAUGAUGCUGAAGAGAGACAGAUGAAAGAGCAGCUGGUGAAAGACUGGUUGAUCGACCUCCAAAACUUGGCAUUCGAUGUGGAGGAUGUUUUGGACGAGUUUGCAACCGAAAUUGGCAGGCGCAAUCUGAUGAUGGAACGUCGAGGCAGCUCAAGUAAGAGAUCCAGACUCAAUAUUCCUCAUUCAUUCAAUGAUGUUCUGUUUAACAGAGAUAUAGUGUCCAAGAUAAGAGAUCUUACAGCCAAAUUGAAAGAUUUGGAACCUCAGAGAAACAAGUUAGAGUUAAGAAUGACUGCUUGCGAAAGACCCACAAGACGAGAAGAAAGACUGCAGCCUACUUCUUUGGAGAUUGAAAAUCAUGUGUAUGGCAGAGACAAAGACAAACAGACAAUUCUUGAUUUGCUCUUGAAGAGUGACGACGAAAGAAAUUUUGUGAUUCCCAUCGUUGGGAUGGGUGGGAUUGGUAAGACAACCCUUGCCCAGCUUGUUUACAAUGAUGCUUCCAUUCAACAUCAUUUUCACCUCAAAGCAUGGGCCUGUGUUUCUGAUUAUUUUGAUGUUCUGAGAAUAACGAAAGAAAUCUUACAAGCAAUCACUUCCGUGUCAUGCAAUGAUAAUGAUCUGAAUAUAGUUCAAGAAAAGUUACAGAAGGAGUUGUCCGGGAAAAAAUUCUUAAUUGUUUUAGAUGAUGUCUGGAAUGAGAAUUAUCAUGAUUGGACUAUCUUACAAUCUCCUUUCAAAACGAGGACUCAAGGAAGCAAAAUUAUUGUGACAACAAGAAACCACGGUGUUUCAUCAACAAUGGGUGCCUUGCAUGCUCAUUCUCUAGAGCUUUUGUCAGAUGAUGAUUGUUUGUCUGUAUUUGCGCAACAUGCAUUGGGAGCAAGGGACCUUGAAGGACAUCCAAGCCUAAAGGAAGUUGCUGAGAAGAUAGUGAGAAAAUGCAACGGUUUGCCUUUAGCUGCUAAAACCGUCGGUGGCUUAUUGCGCACUAAUGUAGACCUUCAUGCUUGGGAAGAUAUAUUAGAGAGCGAGAUAUGGAAGCUAUCUAAAGAUCAGUCAAGUAUAAUCCCAGCUCUACAGCUAAGCUACCAUCAUCUUCCUCUACAUUUGAAGCGAUGCUUUAUGUAUUGUGCCAUUAUUCCCAGUGACUAUGAGUUUGAGAAGGAAGAAAUAAUCUUGUUAUGGAGGGCACAAGGGUAUCUACAAGAAGCACGAGAUAAACAGUGCAUCCAUGAUUUGGGUCACAAGUAUUUCAACGACCUAGUGUCAAGGUCCCUUUUCCAAGUGGCCAUCAACAAUAAUUCUCGAUUUGUUAUGCAUGACCUCAUUAAUGAUUUGGCUCAAUCAGUUGCUGGAGAAGUAUGCUUUAAAAUGGAAGGUAGCCAACAAAUUUCGAAGCAUGCUCGCCAUUUAUCUUACAUUGCUGAGAGGUUUGACGGCAUCAAAAAAUUUGAAGGGAUUUAUGAAGCGCAACAUUUACGAACCUUUCUUCCAUUAAGGUUUUCUUCGGUCUUUCGAACUGAUAACUAUCUAACCAAUCAUGUCCUAACGAAUUUGUUGCCAAACUUGAGAUGCUUAAGGGCACUUUCUUUGGAAGGGUACGAAAUCAUCAUGUUGCCAGAUUUUGUCGGAGAUUUGAAACUCUUAAGGUACCUAAACUUUUCUAGGAAUAGUGUUAUUAAAUGCUUGCCGGAAUCAGUUAGUACCCUUUACAAUUUAGAAACCUUUUUAUUAAAGGGGUGUUGUAACCUUGAGAAGUUACCAUCAGGGAUGGAAAAGUUGGUCAACCUAUGCUAUCUUGAUAUCACUGGUGCAUAUAAAUUAGAAAGCAUGGCAAGCAAUUUCAGCAUGCUAACUAAUCUUCAAAAACUUUCCAGUUUUGUUUUGGGCAAAGAGAAGGGACAUAAAAUAAGGGAGCUAAUGAAUUUGUCAAAUCUCAGGGGUGAACUUUGUAUUUCAGGAUUACAGAAUAUAGCUGAGCCUCAAGAUGCAUGGAUGGCUAGAUUAUCUGAUAAGUCGAGACUUGAGAAUUUAGAAUUGCAGUGGAGCAAAGACUUUGAGAAUAGAAGAGAAGAAGUGGAGAAAAAGGUGUUGGAUGGAUUUCAACCUUCUAAGAAGCUCAGGGAGCUCAGCAUUAAGUUCUUUUGUGGUGAAAUGUUGGCAAAUUGGUUGGGAGAUUCAUCCUUCAAUUGUUUACAAUCUUUAUGCCUUGAUGAUUGUAGAAAUUUAUUGUCAUUGCCAUCAAUUGGGAAAUUGCCAUUGUUGAAAAAGGUACGUAUUAAAGGUUUGCGCAGUGUAAGGACUGUGGGAGUUGAGUUCUUUGGAGAGAAUAAGACCAACACAUUUUCUUCAUUGGAGAUUUUAGAGUUUGUGGACAUGCUUAAUUGGGAGAAGUGGAACUUGUGUGAAGUUGAUGAGGCAGCUAGGACAUUCCCUAAACUUCGUGAACUCUUUAUUGAAAAUUGUCCCUUAUUGUUAGGGAGUAUGCCGGAAUACCUCCCUUCUUUGAAGAAACUUGCAAUUCGUAGUUGCGGGAAGUUGAUAAUUUCUGUUCAAAACUUUCCAUUGCUUUCAGAAUUAGAAAUUCAUGGUUGCCACGAGGUAAUUUAUAAAGGUUUUGUAGAUUAUAGCUCUAUAAAAAGAAUCUCGUUUGUUCGGAUUUCCAAGUUUAGUUGGGCAACAGAAUGCUUGAGGUUAAGAUCAAUCAAAGUGGAAUCGUUUGAGAUUGGUGAUUGUGAGGAGUUGUGCUCUUCUCGAGAGAACAAUUGGGGAUUGCUAGCUCAGUCCAUAUCCCCCCAAGAUUUGAGAAUUGAAAAAUGUUCGCAACUUGUAUCCAUAGCAACAGAAGAGGAAAGAGAAGAAUUGAUGCAAAUGAAGAUUCCUUCUAGCAUUGUAAGAAUGACAAUAAGGAAUUGGGGAAGGCUAGAAAAACUAUCGACAACCUUGUACUCCCUCACAUUACUUAUGGAAUUAGAGCUUCACGGUUGCCCAAAAUUGAUUUCUGUUGCAAGGAGCAAUUUACCUUCGAAUCUGAAAGUGCUAAGGAUUAUUAAAUGUAAAAAUUUGCAAUGUUUAUUGUUGGAUGAAGGAAAGGAUGUUGACUCCAACAAUGCAUAUGCUCUUCAGCAGUUGGAUAUUUUCAAGUGUGAAUCUCUAGAGAGAGUAAAUAGAAGUGAGUUACCCUCCACACUGAAAGAACUUCGAAUAAGCAAGUGUGCAAAGCUAGAGUCCAUAUGCCAAGAAAUUCAAGAUAACUCUUCUCUUGAAUCUGUUGUAAUCGAUAGAUGUCAUAUGCUUAAGGGUUUACCUCAAGGAUUGAAUAAGCUCAAGCAUUGCAAGAGCAUAUGGAUAAAUAAUUGUUCAAAUUUGAUUUCCUUACGAAACAGUGGUUUGCCCACCCCAAACCUUGAAGUGCUCCGCCUCCGCUCUUGUAUACUUCUCCAAGCUUUGCCUAGGAAUAUGCACAGUCUCAACUCUCUAAAAAAUUUAGGAAUAAGGAAUUGUCCAAAUUUGACAUCCAUUCUGGAAGAGGGGAUUCCUACCAAUCUCACAUCGCUUAUAAUCGAUGGACCCAAUAUCUGGAAGGCAAUACUUGAGAGGGAUUUGCAUACACUCACUUGUCUUAAAUCUCUCUCCAUAUCAAAUGGGUGUCCAGAUGCAGUGUCAUUUCCUCAAGAUGAGAUAGAAGUCACACUGCCCUCCUCUCUCAGCCAUCUCUACAUCUCGGAUUUCCCGAAACUGGAGAAUCUAUCCUCCAAUGGCUUUCGGAACCUCACUUCUCUCCAGCACUUGACUAUCAAAAAUUGCCCAAACCUCAAGACUCUUUCGGGAAACAACAUGCUUUCUUCGCUUUUGGAGCUAAAUAUCGUGGGGUGUCCAAUGAUGGAAGAAUGGUGCAAAAGGGAUAAAGGACCUGAGUGGUCCAAAAUUACCCACAUACCUUGUGUUGCAUUUUGGAAUUAAUAGUCUGUUGAUGAUUCAGAGACAAGUUCUUUAGAGAAACAAUAAUUUAUGAAUCAAAUUUGCAGUUGCUCCUCUGUCAAAUGUGACAAAACAGCCUUUCCAACCAAAUGAUGCAAAACUGAUGAAGAACAAAAGAUGAUUGGUGUUAGUUUAUCAGGAAUUUGGCUGACAUCCCAAUCACAAGUAUAUUAUAAUUGGAAAUGCACCUGAAUUUAUUUGUUAUUAAGAGGAAUUUGGCUGAAAUCCGAUGAAGAGGAUGUCUGAGGACUCCUUGGGGAAAUGCAGACCUUUUCUCCAGCGAAAGAGUUGAGCUGAUUCAACUCCUAAUUUCAUAGGCUUCUGCUUGGAUGAGCUUUACAUGGACACUUAUGACAGUGACUACAAGACUCGUGUAUGUUAGUUUUGCAUGAUCGGAUUUGUUACCAAUAGCUGUAGCUUGUGGAUCUUCGGCUUCAAAGUUUGUCUCAAUUGUUGGAAUUUCUCAAACUUUUUCCGUUAUAUUUUGGAAUAAUCACUUCUUGAUGAUAGCUAAGAUAGAGUUAUGUAUUUAUUGUGAUCAUGUAGCCACACUUUUAUAUUAUAGUGAAGUUUUGAGUGUACUCUCAAGUCCCGUGGUAUUUUCCCUUUGAUUUAAAGGGGUUUUUCACGUAAAAA